GCCACCGUUGCCGCGCCUCUCGCCGGAUCCUCCGCGUCGUGUGCUCGCGUCUCGCCUCUCUCCUCCGUCGGCUACUCGCGUCUCGCCGCGCCUCCCUCCGCCCGUGAGUGCUCGAGCUGUGCGUGGUUUUUGCUGCCUGCAUUGCAGCGUGCGUGGUUGUCUCUGCUCGAUUCUGCCACUGCCUGAAUUGAUUCUGCCUCUCAGUCUCACUUGAGUCUCGUCUCAUCACACUCGCCGGCGUCUCAAUGUCUUGUGGCCUUCCCUGGGCUCCUCGUCGCCGGCGGCAGAAGCAACUCGCGGGGUUGUCUCUUGCUUCGUCGCCUUCCGCGGGGUUAUAUUUCUUUACCGCCAUUUUUUUGUUUCUAACCUAUCAGUCCUUUCGGUGAUCACCAGAACCCGUUUGAAGUAGAGGAUGACUCGGUAGAGUGGCCAAAAGCAUGAGAUGUUUUGGCGGUACCUUAUAUCCACGCUGCCAAAGGCGACUCUUUUACAAUUCAAGGCAUGCUGUUACUGUCUUCCCACCUCCACAAAAGUUGCUUCAUGACAAGUUAUCCCACCACCAACUAAAUUCCCCACCUUUGAGUUUGGAGUAUCAUGACUUGCUAGCCCAGCGAUACAAAAGUUCUUCUUCCGUGAGAGAUGCGCAUCAGCUCCAUUUGCAGUUAUACAAGACUGGGUUUUCCAGUGAUGUUUUCCUGUCCAAUACUCUUGUCAACAUUUAUGUCAGAAUUGGCAAUUUGUUUUGCGCACGGAAGCUGUUUGCUGAAAUGCCUCAAAGGAACGCUGUUUCCUGGUCUUGUUUGAUUUCAGGAUAUGCACAAAAUGGCAUGCCUGAUGACGCUUGUAUUUUAUUCAAAGAGAUGAUUUCUGCUGGCCUCAUGCCAAAUCACUAUGCCAUUGGUAGUGCCCUUCGAGCUUGCCAAGACGGAGGUCCAACUAGGCUUAAACUCGGCAUGGAUAUUCAUGCCUUAAUUUCUAAGUCUCCAUUUUCUUCAGACAUAAUCUUGUCUAAUGUGCUCAUGUCCAUGUAUUCAAAUUGCUCCGGUUCCAUUGAUGAUGCUCGCCGUGUUUUUGAUGAAAUACAAAUUAAGAACUCCACAUCAUGGAAUUCUAUUAUUUCAGUGUAUUGCCGUAGGGGGGAUCCAACUUCUGCUUUUGAGCUAUUUUCAAGCAUGCAAAGGGAAGCCACAGAGCUCACCUUUACGCCUAAUGAAUAUACCUUCUGUAGCUUAGUAACUGCUGCAUGCUCUGUGUUUGACUGUCGAUUGAUUUUGCUUGAGCAGAUUUUAACAAGGAUUGAGAAAUCCGGAUUUCUACAAGAUUUGUAUGUUGGUAGUGCAUUAGUCAAUGGCUUUGCAAGAUACGGCUUAACUGAAUGGGCAAAAAUAAUUGUUCGGCAGAUGCGUGAUAUGAAUGUAGUGACUAUGAAUGGGUUAAUGGUUGGAUUGACAAGGCAGCACCAGGGUGAAGAAGCAGCUAACAUAUUCAAGGAAAUGAAAGAUAUGGUUCAAAUAAACGCAGAAUCUUAUGUGGUUCUUCUAAGUGCUUUAACUGAAUUCUCAAAUUUGAAUGACGGCAAGAGAAAGGGUCAAGAGGUUCAUGCUUAUUUGAUUCGCAGAGAAUUAUUUGAUUUCUGGAUUCCGAUUGGAAAUGCACUUGUUAAUCUGUAUGCAAAAUGUGGUGCCGUCCAUAAUGCUUGCUCAAUUUUUCAACUCAUGCCUAAUAAAGAUAUUGUCUCGUGGAAUUCUAUGAUCUCUGGCCUUGACCAUAAUGAGCAAUUUGAGGAAGCAGUUGCCUGUUUUAAUACAAUGAGGAGACAUGGAAUGGUGCCCUCAAAUUUCUCAGUUAUUAGCACUUUGAGUUCCUGUGCAAGCCUGGGUUGGAUCAUGUUAGGACGACAGAUACAUGGUGAAGGGAUUAAAUUGGGGCUUGAUUCGGAUGUUUCAGUUUCAAAUGCUAUUCUUACGUUAUAUGCAGAAACUGAUUAUAUGAAUGAGUGUCGGAAAGUAUUUUUUCAGAUGCCAGAGUAUGAUCAGAUUUCUUGGAAUUCUUUCAUUGGUGCACUAGCAACUUCAGAAACAUCUGUUUCAGAGGCUACAAAAUAUUUCCUGGAGAUGUUGCGAGCCGGGUGGAGGCCUAAUAGAGUCACAUUUAUAAAUAUUUUAGCAGCAGUUUCUUCUCUUUCACUUCUUGAAUUGGGCCGUCAAAUCCAUACCUUGAUAUUAAAAUAUUCUGCUUCUGAUGACAAUGCCAUUGAGAAUGCACUGCUAGCUUUCUACGGAAAGUCUGGGCAGAUGGAGGACUGUGAGACUAUCUUUUCCAGAAUGUCUGAACGAAGAGACGAAGUCAGUUGGAAUUCCAUGAUUUCUGGAUAUAUACACAAUGACACCCUGCACAAGGCCAUGGAUUUGGUAUCGCACAUGAUGCAAGAGGGCCAAAGAUUGGAUGGUUUCACUCUUGCCACUGUUUUGAGUGCAUGUGCUUCAGUUGCAACUUUAGAGCGUGGUAUGGAAGUCCAUGCAUGUGCUAUAAGAGCUUGUUUAGAAACUGAUGUUGUUGUAGGUAGUGCACUAGUUGACAUGUAUGCAAAGUGUGGAAAGAUAGAUUAUGCGUCAAGAUUCUUUGAAUUGAUGCCUGUGCGCAACAUGUAUUCUUGGAAUUCAAUGAUAUCAGGCUAUGCACGUCAUGGACAUGGACAAAAGGCUUUAAAGCUUUUCACAGAGAUGAAACAGCAAGGGCAAUUGCCAGAUCAUGUUACCUUUGUUGGGGUCCUAUCAGCUUGUAGUCAUGUAGGUUUAGUUGAUGAAGGACUUAAGCAUUUCAAGUCAAUGAAUGAAGUAUAUGGACUAGCACCUCGAAUAGAGCACUUUUCUUGUAUGGCAGACCUCCUUGGGCGAGCAGGUGAUGUCAACAGGCUAGAUGACUUUAUCAAAACAAUGCCAAUGGAUCCUAAUGUUCUCAUUUGGAGAACAGUUUUAGGAGCAUGUUGUCGAACAAAUGGCCGAAAUACAGAGCUAGGACGGAAGGCUGCCAAGAUGCUUAUUCAGCUAGAGCCCCAGAAUGCUGUGAACUAUGUGCUGCUUUCGAACAUGUAUGCUGCUGGCGGGAUGUGGGGAGAUGUGGCGGAGGCAAGGCUGGCAAUGAGGAAGGCUGCAGUGAAGAAGGAAGCUGGGUGUAGUUGGGUGACAAUGAAGGAUGAAGUUCAUGUAUUUGUGGCUGGGGAUCAAACACAUCCGGAAAAAGAUAAAAUCUACGAAAAACUGAAGGAGCUAAUGAAGAAAAUAAGGGAUGCUGGAUAUGUGCCUGAAAGCAAAUACGCACUCUAUGACGUUGAACUUGAAAACAAAGAAGAGCUGUUGAGCUAUCAUAGUGAAAAGUUGGCAAUUGCUUUUGUUCUCACUCGCAAGUCUGAAUUACCAAUCAGGAUAAUGAAGAACCUUCGGGUUUGUGGGGACUGUCACACUGCUUUCAAAUAUAUAUCAAAGAUUGUUAAUCGGCAGAUAGUUUUGCGAGAUUCCAAUAGAUUUCACCAUUUUGAUGGUGGCGCAUGUUCUUGUGGGGAUUAUUGGUGACUGACAGUAAUAAAUUAUGCCGUUACUUUGGAUAUGAUGAAACCAGGUUGACAAUGACCCAAGUGAUGUCAAUUCACCUAUCAUAGUGAAUAAAAUUAGAGAUAGAGAUAGACAUUGAAUAGGAGCCAUAUCAUAAUGUGGAAAUUUGAUGACAUUUUUCUUGAAGAAAUACAGAAAUAGGCAAUAAGAUGCCAUUUUUGGGAACUUUGAGUAAUGAGAAAGGAGUGUCCUCAAAUGCUGUUCACUAUUGUACUUGUAAGUGCACUGCCAGAGAAGUUUCUUAGAUAAACCUUGUAUUCCACGACUCAAGGUGCCGUUCACAUGCGCCUGUGGACAAGAUGGUGGCCAACUGGCCAUGCAGAAAGUAAAGUUCUCAGCCGGUUAUACAGCUCAGUGCUGUGAUGUUUGUCAGGUCAAUUGAACUGAAAAUUGGAGUACAGAUGUCAGAAAUUCUAUUAAGUAAUCAAAAGAAAUUAUUGCUCGGAGUAAAUAUGGCUAUAGUUUAAGAAUAGAAACGAUGAAGAAAUAUUGUUGACUAGUACCAUAAAGAAACAUUUCUAAAUAGGAACGAAAAUGUAUUGUUGAUUAGUUUCUGUAAAGAAAUUUGAUGAAUACCUAGGAAAUAUAUGCUGACUGUGGAUCUUUAUAUAUGCUUGAAUUUCAUUUCUUAUAGAAACACAGGUUUUUCAUCUUUAGGUAUGCAGUUGAGAUGGUGAUGGUAUCCAUUAGGUAACCCUCAGUGGUGCUUGACACAAACGAAAAAAGGGUUAUUUAAUGUAUUACCAUUGCAUAAACGAUCCAGAAAGGAAUUUUACUUUUGUAUGAGCUGUUAUUUUAAUCUUUGUAUACUAUAUUAUCUAACUCAUUGGCCUUAGAAAAGUUGGAGCUGAAAGGAUACAACUUCCAUGGAAAAGCAAGCUUCAUACAAAGUUUGCUGUUCAAGGAUAGUGCUGAAUCUUAUUCAUGAAUAAAUGCGGCUAAAAGAGCAUCAGUUUGAGCAUCUAGAGAUAGUACAUCAUGAAGACUGCCGUAGACAUGUAUGGCAGGAUACAGAGCUGGUGCUGCAGAACAGGAUGAAUGGACCAAAAUGCUCAGUUAAACCUGUUGAUGAGCUCUUAAAAACUGUAGUCAGAAGACUUUCUAUUUGAGUUUCACAGUCCAAAAGUAGGCUUCUCUGUGAAAAUGGAUUAAGAAAUUGUUAA